AUGGCGGCGGUCGAGCAGCCAUCACCGCGGAGGAGCCGACUACACCGUCUAGCUGCUCCACCGAUAAAAGUUGUCGCCGGGGAGCUGCUGGCAUACUGCACGACGGCGUCGCCUGCAGGUCGACCAAUAUCUUCUCCACGCUUUACAACAUUGACUGCUGGGGCGUGCUGCCGCUGCCUGAGCCCCCGCGUGAGCCGCCAGCACUCCACGCGUCGCCGCACCUUCACCAUGUGCGUGCUUUGCUGCCCACGGACACCGGCGCUCUGCCUCCGUCAACGGCCUGAAGGAACAAGCGCUGCCGACGCGCCGGUGUUCCUCUCACAUGUUUCCAUGCUGCUACAGCUACUGUCUUCCUUCCACAGAUUGUGUUUAAAUGAUAGGUGCCAUUGCAAAUUAUGACCAAUUAGCUUAUCUUGUUAUUUGAAAUCUGGCAUGCAUGACGCAGCGCCGGAAUUGAAGGCAAAGGGCAGCUGCAACGGGCGCUCUGUGUUGUUGCGUGCAGGGUUCGUGCAAAGGAUCGAGGAAGAUUUUAAGAGCAGAAGACAAGCAAAGACAACGAGAGAAUAGAGAGCUGCCUGUUUUUUUUUGCGGUUUGGCUGUUAACGUAAUAGUACGUAUUAACCGAGAUCAAGAAGCCUGGAGUUUUCAAAUCCACAGGCACACAACGGCGCAAUUGCUACUGUGCCAUCGCUGGAGGUCCGGUCCGGUGCGUGACCUUGCACUCACUGCCUUGCAUACGCCCCUCCCAGUGGCACUGCUCCGGGCAGGAUGCAUGGACCAUGAAACCACUGAUCAAUUCGACAACGACUUUGAUCUGGACACGUCCACCUAUUGGCCACCAUCGGUGACGACUCUGAUCAGUUGGGAUGGCUGUACGUGGUGCCUGGUCACCAACGCA